UGCAAACAGUGCGUAACUCUGUGUGUUUUUAUGGGUGGAGACUGAGGUCCUCCUCCUCCUCCAAAAAAGAGUCAGACAGACAACACAAGCCCGCUUCGCCAUCAGCAGCUUCAUUGUUGCAGGAUUUUGGUCCUUUUAGAAACAACUGUGGUCAUUUUUUUAAAGAACACAGCCUUCCCCAAAAGUGGGUCGCUCUCUUUGCUAGCUGUACGCUCGCGCAAGAGAGAUGAGUCAGGCAGAGCAGGCGCCUGCGGACAUGCCUGCAUGCCAUGAAGAUGAGCCAGCAGCUGCAGACAACAAGGACCAUCCAGUGGCUCAGCCGGGCAUGUUCGGCAGGUUGGCGGGGGGCUUAUACGGUGCCACCAAGGGAGCUUUGGGAGCAACAGUGGGCGGUGUGACCUGGAUAGGAGGAAAGGGUCUGGACCUCACCAAAACUGCUGUCACCUCCGUAGUCGCCGUGCCUGUGAUGGGAGUAGGACUGGUUAAAGGGGGAGUGUGUGCUGUCGCUGGAGGAGUGACUGCUGUCGGCUCUGCAGUAGCCAGCAAAGUUCCUAUAGGGGGAGGCAAAAAGAAGGACAAGUCUGACUGAUGCAGAGAUGCUCAGCUGAGUGGUAACGCUCGCACUGCGUUUCACCUGAUUCAGCACUGUUGAGCAGGAAAAGAGCGACGUGGGACUCAGAAGUUCAGUGUGCACGUUUUGGUGUUGGUUUUGUUUUGUUUAGUUUCAUGUGUGUGUUUGUUGGUAAAACCCACAUCCAUAAAAUUAAAUGGCUUUUUUUGUAUAAAGCAGCAUUAUAAACACUCCACUGCUGCUGUUAAAUACAAACACCAGACCUUUCUCCUGUGCCAAUAAAAUGUUCGUAUGAUGUUCAGUGAUGGGCUGCUACACUGCUACCAUUAGUAACUUUUGUACGAGAGGAAAACCAGCACUUAUGAAGUCAAAUUUACUUGCAAGACAAUCAGCGAUCUGUGAUGAUGUGUUUAUUCAUAUUUUAGUGUUAACUGGCAAAUACUGUUACUUUAUGUGGAAAUUCUUAGUGUGUCAUUUUCCUUCAUGUCCUUUCAUUUAAUCAGUUGUUCACAAAUCAGAAGGUAUGUCUAAUCAAAGAUAUAUCAGACCUGUAAAAGUCAUUGCUGGUUGUUGAUAUUUCAUUGGUGGGUUUUUGACUGAUUUUUUUUUUUUUCUGUAUUUUUCAGCUUAGUGAAAUGUUUUGUGCUGUCAUACCGAUCCUGAUUUAUUAUAAUAAAUAGAGCAUCACAGUCUAAAAUUCUGAGCU